AUGCCUUUGGAUAAAAGUGAAAAUGAUGUUAGGAGUUGGAUAAAUGCUGCAUAUAAUACACUAGAAGAAGAUGAUGAUGAAAAUAAUGAUUCGAUUCUAGAAUUACUUCCCGAAAAUAAUGAUGAUUCUGAACCUAGUGAUGACAUUGAAUUAGAGUUGGAAAGAAUUCUCUCACUAAAUGAAGUAUUUGUUGUUAUAAACAAUAAUGAUUAUGUUACAGCAAAUCAAGAGGAGAAUACAAACAGUGAAGCAACUGAAGAAAUAGAAGAUUAUGACCCAGCACAAUUAGCUUCUAAUUAUCUAAGUGAUUUAGAAUAA